AACAAGUCUAAAAUCUAAAGUCUAAACACUUGCAGUAAAAAAUUAAAACGGAGAGUUUUAAUUAAUGAAAGGAAAAUAAACUGUAAAAAAUUAUUUUGGUAGCUAUAUAUAGUUGUGAACUGUGGUUUAAACAUUUAUCCGUUGGUUUUUGCUUAUUGAAACUAAUUACAAGAUUACUUAAGUUGAUUUGAAGUAGGUAUCCAACAUAACAGCAAUGUCUUCCAAUACUUCUGGCAAUGAAAAACCCGGUGAAGGAAUUCGUUCAAUGCGCUCGACUAACGCAUUUCGUGUUAUCAACUUUGAAUUGUACGCGAAACCCAAUAUCGUAAUAAUGAGCAUUGGCCUGACCUGUUUCGGACUUGCAUUGGGAUAUAUUGCAUAUAUGAGACAAAAAUAUGAAUCCAUGGGUUAUUAUGCUGCGGUCGAUAAAGACGGAAAAGAAAUAUUUGAAAAAAAGAAAUCCAAAUGGGAUUGAAGUUAAUUUAAAAAUUAGUACAACUGUUUGAAUUAGAUAAUUUUAUGUAAAUAGUGUAAAAUAAAUAUAUAUAUGUUUUUUUUA